GUAGGUGUGUGGCUGUAGGGUUACGAUUGUGGAUUUUCAAAGUUCUUACAUAAAAUAGUGCGGUUUUUAGAUAACUAUGGAGACUUUAGUUAAUCAACCUGUAGUUAUCGACAAUGGUUCUGGUAUGGUCAAAGCGGGAUUUGCAGGCGAUCAGAUACCAAAAUGCAGAUUUCCAAAUUAUAUUGGCAGACCCAAACAUGUACGUGUUAUGGCUGGUGCUUUAGAAGGAGAUCUUUUUGUGGGGCCAAUAGCAGAGGAACAUCGUGGUCUUUUAUCAAUUCGUUAUCCAAUGGAACAUGGAAUUGUUACAGAUUGGAAUGAUAUGGAAAGAAUUUGGUCUUACGUAUAUAGUAAAGACCAGUUAGCAACAUUUAGUGAAGAACAUCCAGUUUUGUUAACAGAAGCACCUCAUAACCCAAGAAAAAAUACAGAAAAGGCUGCAGAAAUAUUCUUUGAUACAUUUAAUGUUCCAGCUUUAUUUGUUUCAAUGCAAGCUGUAUUGAGUCUAUACGCCACGGGACGAACAACAGGAGUUGUUUUAGAUGCUGGGGAUGGUGUUACACAUGCAGUACCUAUUUAUGAAGGUUUUGCUAUGCCUCAUAGUAUUAUGAGGGUUGAUAUAGCAGGACGUGAUGUCACAAGGCACCUUCGGCUUCUUCUACGUAAAGAGGGUAUUAAUUUCAGAACUACAGCAGAAUUUGAAAUUGUUAGAACAAUUAAAGAGCGAGUAUGCUAUCUUGCUCAUAAUCCUCUGAAAGAAGAAACUAUUGAAACAGAAAAACACCAGUAUAUGUUGCCUGAUGGAAGUUAUUUGGAGAUUGGUGCAGCUCGGUUUAGAGCUCCUGAAGUGCUCUUUAGACCAGACUUAAUUGGAGAAGAAUGUGAAGGACUUCAUGAAGUACUAACAUACUCCAUUCAAAAAUCUGAUUUAGACUUAAGAAAGGUAUUAUUCCAGAACAUUGUUCUAUCAGGAGGAUCAACAUUAUUCAGUGGAUUUGGUGAUAGGUUAUUAUCCGAAAUUCGUAGAAUGGCUCCGAAAGAUACAAAAAUUAGGAUAUCGGCUCCUCAAGAACGAUUAUACAGUACUUGGAUUGGGGGAUCUAUUUUGGCUUCAUUAGACACAUUCAGGAAGAUGUGGGUUCGUAAAAGAGAAUAUGAAGAAGAAGGUACAAGAGCAAUUCAUCGUAAAACAUUUUGAAUUUAAUUUAGGCCGAUUUAAGAUGUUAUGUCAAAUAAUUUAAGUACAACACAUAAAUAAUGGCACACUCGGCACAAAAAUUGAUACGUACCGUGUUUAUCGUGCUCUUUGAAUGCUUUUAAUAUCGCAAUUUUUUAAAACUGCUUUAAUUUUUUUUUUUAAGUAAAAAUAUAUUC